ACGUCUCUGCAAGAUCUAAUUUAAAAUAUAAAAUAAACAAAUUCUCCCCAGAAAAUGCUUUCAGUUUCAGAGAAAACGUUCCAACGAACAAACAGUGAGAGAGAUGGCGAGCUUAACGAGUAAGCCUAGAAACUUCGGUGCGUACAGUCACUACUCCACUCCCUGCACCCGCACGCACCAGAUCGGAGCUCUGUUCCUCGUCGUCUCCACCUUCUUCCUCACCAGGCUUUUCGAUCACCUCUACUCCGUUACUCCCGCGAUCGAUCUCACUCACACUUAUUCCUCCUCCGUCUUCACGACGAGCGAUGACGGGGCUCCACGGUGGCCGGAGCGAGGGUACGGAUCCCACCUCUCGCUGAAGAUCUACGUAUACGAUGAGAACGAGAUCGACGGCUUGAAAGAGCUUAUGUACGGAAGGGACGGUAGUGUUAAAACCGCCGCGUGCUUGAAAGGCCAAUGGGGAUCUCAGGUUAAGAUACACAAGUUGCUUAUGGAGUCAAAGUUUAGGACGAGUAAGAAAGAUGAGGCGGAUUUGUUCUUUGUGCCAGCUUAUGUUAAGUGUGUGAGAAUGUUGGGUGGUCUUAAUGACAAGGAGAUCAAUCAGACCUAUGUCAAGGUCUUGAGUCAAAUGCCUUAUUUCCGAAGAUCUGGUGGUCGUGAUCAUAUCUUUGUUUUCCCAAGUGGUGCUGGAGCUCACUUGUUUAGAUCUUGGUCGACUUUUAUUAACCGUUCUAUUAUCCUCACUCCCGAGGGCGACAGGACUGACAAGAAAGACACUACUGCUUUCAAUACAUGGAAAGAUAUAAUCAUCCCAGGCAACGUUGAUGAUGCUAUGACUAAAAAUGGACGACCUGAUGUUCUGCCUAAGCCUUUGUCAAAGAGGAAGUAUUUAGCUAAUUAUUUGGGUCGUGCGCAAGGGAAGGCUGGUAGACUCAAAUUGAUAGAUCUCUCAAAGCAGUAUCCAGAUAAGGUAGAAUGUCCAGACUUGAAGUUCAGCGGAACUGAAAAGUUUGGAAGAACAACAUAUUUUGAACAUCUGAGGAACGCCAAGUUCUGCCUCGCUCCUCGUGGGGAAUCAUCUUGGACUCUUCGCUUUUAUGAAUCAUUCUUUGUGGAAUGUGUCCCGGUUCUCUUAUCUGACCACGCUGAGCUACCUUUCCAGAAUGUCAUCGACUACGCACAAGUAUCCAUCAAAUGGCCAUCAUCACGAAUAGGCUCAGAGCUUCUUGAUUACUUAGCUUCAAUACCCGAUAGAGACAUAGAAGGAAUGAUAUCCCGUGGUCGGAAGAUUAGAUGUUUGUUUGUGUACGGUCCAGAUUCUGCACCAUGCAGUGCGGUUAAAGGAAUUCUAUGGGAGCUUCAACGCAAAGUGAGACAUUUCCACCAAUCGACCGAGACGUUUUGGCUGCAUAAUGGCAGUUUUGUGAAUAGAGAACUGGUCCACUUCAGUAGCUGGAGACCUCCUAUGCCUCUGCCUUGAGGUAGGUUCCAACAUCCCACAAGAAUCUCUUGUUUUCACAGUGAUGAUGUUUAAGUUUCUUUAAUGGUUUUUACACAGAUAGGUAAGUAGUUUUUGUAAACUUAAUUUUUUGUACAUAUCAGAAGAUUUUCUCAGUGAAUGUACAAGAUCUUAUUUGACUAAAUCUCAUUAGAAUACUGAUUCUUUCACUUGCAAUUUGUAAGGUAGAAAAGAAACCAAGUUGGAACAGAAAACUAAAUUCGGCAGUACCGUGAAACCAAGUUCUGUAACCUCACAGGAGAUAGCAUGUAUCAUAUUCUUCACGUGGAAACUUGCCAUAUGAAUAUAUAUAUAUAUAUAAGUGGUGAUUAUGAUCAGGACAAACAGAAUCAUAAAAAUGGCAAUUUGCAAAUGCAAGAGAAGAGGGAAGAGUAAGAGUGCAUGUAGGACAUCAAAUCAUCCUACUGUAUUGUUUUAUCUUGUCUAGGUGGAAUUGUAUAUAUCUAACAGCUCUAACAAUAGCAAAAGGUAGCAACUGUUUAAAAUACACAAGAUCACUGAACCGAAUGUAUUAAAAACAAAU